UCAACAGUCAAAACCAAAAAAUAAAAUAAAAACUAUCACUUUCCUUUUAUUACUCACUAUCAAAUAAAUACUAUGUCUUGUUCUUGAUCUCCAUCACACACUCACACACCUACACACUAUGCUUACUUAAUCUUCUUCUUCAUUACCACAUUAUCUCAAUGCAUUGACUUGCUUUCAUUUUCUUGAUCCCAUUCUUAGAUCUUGUGGGCUGGCUGGAAGUGGAUAAAAGAAACUGAUAAGUGAUGAAGAUGGUAGUUUUUAACUGGUUAGUUCAAUUGAGUUUGCUGGCCUUAUUGGCUACUUUGAAAGCUGAGAUUUAUAUAGUGACAAUGGAAGGAGAUCCUGUAAUAAGUUAUAGAGGAGGUGUUCCUGGCUUCGAAGCUACUGCUGUAGAUUCGGAUGAGGAUGAGAAGAUUGACACCACUAGUCAAUUGGUCACAUCCUAUGCUGAGCAUCUUGAGCAGACACACGACAUGCUUCUUGGCUCAUUGUUUGAACAUGGAAGUUAUAAAAAAGUCUACAGCUAUAGACAUCUUAUAAAUGGUUUUGCAGUUCAUGUAUCUCCUGAACAGGCAGAAACACUAAGGCGUGCCUCUGGUGUAAAAUUUGUGGAGAGAGAUUGGAAGGUGAGGAGACUUACAACACACACUCCACAGUUUCUGGGAUUACCAACUGGAGUAUGGCCAACAGGAGGUGGCUUUGACAGGGCGGGAGAGGAUAUUGUGAUUGGAUUUGUUGACUCCGGAAUUUUUCCUCAUCAUCCGAGCUUUGCAUCACAUCUCAGCGAUCCAUACGGGCCUCUUCCCAAAUACAGAGGAAAAUGUGAAGUUGACCCCGAUACCAAGAGAAAAUUUUGCAACGGAAAGAUUAUUGGAGCUCAGCAUUUUGCUGAAGCUGCUAUUGCAGCUGGUGCAUUCAACCCUUCCAUUGAUUUUGCUUCACCCUUGGAUGGUGAUGGACAUGGAAGCCAUACAGCUGCUAUAGCAGCUGGAAAUAAUGGAAUUCCUGUGAGAAUGCAUGGCUAUGAGUUUGGUAAAGCGAGUGGGAUGGCUCCUCGUGCCAGGAUUGCAGUGUACAAGGCACUCUACAGGCUUUUUGGAGGCUUCGUUGCUGAUGUAGUAGCUGCCAUUGAUCAGGCAGUUCAUGAUGGAGUGGAUAUGCUCAGCCUCUCAGUGGGUCCUAAUAGUCCUCAAGCAACUACCAAGACAACAUUUCUUAACCCCUUUGAUGCUACCCUUCUUGCAGCUGUCAAAGCGGGUGUAUUUGUUGCACAAGCAGCUGGUAAUGGAGGUCCUUUCCCUAAAACCUUGAUUUCUUAUAGUCCCUGGAUAACAUCUGUAGCUGCCGCAAUUGAUGAUCGGAGAUAUAAGAACCAUCUGACUCUGGGAAAUGGGAAAAUCUUGGCUGGACUGGGUUUAUCACCCUCUACCCAUCCAAAUGGAACAUAUACCUUGGUUUCAGCAAAUGAUGUGUUGCUAGAUUCUUCUGUGAUGAAGUACAGUCCUUCAGACUGCCAGAGACCUGAAGUGUUGAACAAAAACUUGGUUGAGGGGAAUAUACUUCUUUGUGGUUAUUCCUUCAAUUUUGUUGUUGGUACUGCAUCAAUCAAGAAGGUUUCAGAAACAGCCAAGAGUCUUGGUGCUGUUGGCUUUGUUCUUGCUGUGGAAAAUGUUUCUCCAGGAACAAAGUUUGAUCCCGUCCCUUCUGCUAUUCCUGGGAUUCUCAUCACGGAUGUCAAGAAAUCCAUGGAUCUUAUAGACUAUUACAACAUUUCCACACCAAGAGAUUGGACCGGACGUGUGACGAAAUUCAAUGGUAAAGGGAGCAUUGGCGAUGGCUUGAUGCCUAUACUCCAUAAAUCAGCACCACAGGUGGCAUUAUUCUCUGCUCGAGGGCCCAACAUUAGAGAUUUCAGCUUCCAAGAUGCAGAUCUUCUUAAACCGGAUAUCUUGGCUCCUGGUUCUCUUAUUUGGGCUGCUUGGUCUCCAAAUGGAACGGAUGAGGCAAAUUAUGUUGGAGAAGGAUUUGCCAUGAUAUCGGGAACUAGCAUGGCGGCCCCACAUAUAACAGGGAUAGCGGCUCUUGUGAAGCAGAAGCACCCUCAUUGGAGUCCUGCUGCCAUCAAAUCAGCCUUAAUGACAACAUCAGCAAAGCUAGAUAGAGCGGGAAGACCUCUUCAAGCGCAACAGUACUCUGACACGGAAUCUUUGAAGCUGGUCACGGCUACUCCUUUUGAUUACGGGAGUGGUCAUGUUAAUCCAAGGGCUGCUCUGGAUCCCGGACUCAUCUUUGAUGCAGGUUAUGAGGAUUACUUGGGAUUCUUAUGUACAACGCCGGGUGUUGACGUCCACGAGAUUAGGAAUUACACGAACAGACCUUGCAACUUCACCAUGGGCCACCCAUCUAAUUUCAACACCCCAUCAAUCACUCUAUCCCAUCUAGUGAAAACUCAAACAGUUACUCGAACUGUAACGAAUGUCGCGGAGGAAGAAACGUAUGUGAUCUCUACCAGAAUGCAACCUGCCGUUAAAAUUGAAGUUAACCCUUCAGCAAUGACUCUAAAAGCCGGUGCAUCACGGAAGUUUUCUGUGAGUCUCACUGUUAGAUCAGUGACCGGAACAUACAGUUUCGGUGAAAUAUUUAUGAAAGGCAGCCGAGGGCACAAAGUAAAGAUCCCAGUGGUAGCUAUGGGAUACUGGCGAUAAAUUAUAAGUUGGUUGAUAAUAAUAUUCUUUGUAACAUGUGGUAAUAAGCUAUAAGGGUUUAUUUGAGAAUAUAUAUAUGUGGAAUAGUUGUAAAGAUGACUUAUGUAAGGGAGAUACUCCCUAGUUUCUUCCAAUAGUAAGUUUUGCUAAUUGUUUUGCUAAA